AGCCACAGUGGCGGGGUCUCUGCUUCUGCUGCCAGUAUGGAAGCCAGGAACUGGGCUCCCAGAAGGCGGCCUCAUCCACCUGGGAGCAUGAUGCUCACCUUCGUCUCUCUGCUCAGCUGCCUACUGGGUGCCAGCGAGGCCAAGGUCUACAGCCGCUGUGAGCUGGCCCGAGUACUACAGGAAUUUGGUCUGGAAGGGUACCGAGGAUACAGCCUAGCUGACUGGGUCUGCCUUGCUUACUUCACAAGUGGCUUUAACACAGCUGCCGUGGACCACGAGGCAGAUGGAAGCGCCAAUAAUGGCAUCUUUCAGAUCAAUAGUCGGAAGUGGUGCAACAACUUUGAUUUGAAGGCCCCUAACCUGUGUCACAUGUACUGCACUGACUUGUUGAAGCCUAACCUCAGGGAUACGGUUAUCUGUGCCAUGAAGAUAGCCCAAGGGCCCCAUGGCCUGGCCACCUGGGAGGCCUGGAGGCAUCACUGCCAGGGCAAGAACCUCAAUGACUGGGUGGAUGGCUGUGACUUGUAG